AGAUUAUCUGGCGUGUGAUACAGCCACGAGGAUUGACCGUCGCCAAGGAUCAUCGCAAUAUGCGCUCAAGAUGUGUCCCGUUGCAUUGGGGCAUGUAGCCCUUGGUCCGGGAGUAUACCUACCAAUUUGACUUCCUCUCCUACUUUAACUUUCUCUCAAAACUCAACCUCCUUGCCUAUAUAUAUCUAGUUUUGUCUAGUUUCAUCAUUUUGACGGCGUUCAGUAAGAUGCGCACCCCUCUUAUCACCGCUGUGACCCUAGCGGCCAUGAGCGGCAGCACGCCGCUAGGAGACAACAGCGAGCGUCUUGCGGACAUCUUUCUUCGCCAGACCAAUGUGACAUGUCCAGUAACACCGAGCCCCAUGCCUAAAACGGCGGCAUUCCCCUCCGUAAAGACGAUGCCAGAUCCGUUUCUGUAUCUCGACGGCAAGACACGUGUUCAAAGCAGAGAUGAAUGGAUCCAAUGCCGUCAACCCGAGAUCUUCAAGCUUCUCCAGGAAUACCAAUACGGGUAUUACCCUGAUCACUCGCAAGAAACUGUCUCAGCAGCGCGGAGCAGCAACACCUUGACUGUCACUAUUACUACAGGAAAGAAGACCGCCAGCAUCGCAGCUUCGUUGAACUUGCCGAGUGGAGGCGGGCCGUUCCCAGUGGUCAUCUCGAUCGGCGGCAUGGACACUAAGAGUUAUGUAAACGCGGGGAUCGCGGUAGUCACGUUCGAUUAUACCAAGGUCGCUGCAGACAGCAGCAGUAAGACUGGCUUGUUCUGGACGUUGUAUAGUGGUAGAGACAUUGGGGUACUCACUGCAUGGGCAUGGGGCUUCCACCGCGUUCUUGACGGCAUUGAACUCAAGGUUCCAGAGAUCGACGCCACUAAAGCUGGUGUCACCGGUUGCUCUCGUCUCGGAAAAGCUGCCUUGGCUGCUGGGUUAUUUGACAAGCGCAUCACCGUCACUAUGCCAAUGUGUUCUGGCGUGCAGGGUGCAGGGCCUUACCGAUACAGCCUGAGUGGGCAAGGGGAGAACCUGGAGAACGCUAAAUCUGGAGCAGGAUGGUGGACAUCCUCCGGCAUCUCCCAAUUCGUCGGCCACUCCACCCAAUUGCCCUUCGACGCCCAUACGAUAGUCGCAGCCAUCGCCCCACGCGCAGUCAUCCUAUCUCAGAACGUGAAUGAUCAAUUCACAGACUCUAAAGGCACCGCCGAAGUGACCUUUCCUGCGGCCAAGGUCGUAUACAAUUGGUUAGGCGUGGGCGAAAAGCUGGGUAUAAGUAUACCGUCGGGUGGUCACUGCGAUAUGAGUGGAUACGCGGAUGUUUUGCCUUUUGUGCAAAAGGUGCUACAGAAUAAGAGCACAACGCGGAAUUAUGACGAUUUGAAGACGUGGAAGGCUAUGCCCGAGGCUUACCCUUGGGUCAGCGAUGUACCGAAGGCAACCUGAGCAACAGACUCAUCCACGUCCAUCACUGUAAGAAACGAAUCUGAAG